AUGGAAGUGGAGAAAUUGAUCUCGAUGAAUUUAUACUUCAUUCUCAAGAUAAAAAAUCAUUAAUAACAGAUUUUAAUUUAGAGGCAACUUUCAAAGAAAUAUCCAAAAGAGGGUUUAUAGUAACAUUAAGUUUUAGUAUCUUAAAAAAUUGCAUCGAAGAGAAAAUAGAAAAUGGCAUGGUCAGAUUCUGUAAUAGUAAAAGGGUAAAUAUAAUUUCAUGAAUUUAAGAUAGGUUAGGAAUAGUUCAAAAAACUAAUGAUUGA